AGAAAUUUAUUUCUUUUUUUUUUUAAAGGGUAAGCAAUUUUUCUCUUUUGCGGUAGAAGCGGCUUCUUGUGGCUGCGCAGACACGUCUUUUUAGAUAAUUAUUGCUAUUUACGUAGACACAUACAAACACACUGGAAAAAGAAAUCACGCAGGGCAAUGCAGAGCCUUCGCGAUGCCCCGGGCUACGCUGAGAUGGAGGACUACUACGACAGCGAUUUCGUCCCGCUCCACCUCAUCGACCGCUACAGCGCUCUCCAGCUUGAGAGGCAAAAGAAAACGGAGCAGCUGUUUAUCGCGGCGUCGCAGGCGCACGGCCUCGCCGCCACACACGACGGCCUCGCCCUGGCCGGCGACUCGACCGCUUCGCUGCACUUCACGACGCAGUCCUCUUUGUCCGCUGCGCAUCUGUCUUCCUCCUCAAAAAGGCAACAGGAGGAGCAGCAGCAGCGAUCGGGUCAGCGGUCUCCACAGCGUCGAAGCAUUGCAGCAAGUACGCGAAGCAACAGCGGCAGUCGCAACAGUGCCCCUCGGCAAGCUCCGCGAACAAGUAUGGCGCUGGAUGCAAUCUACGCGGCGCGUGACAUCAGUCACGGCUACCCGACCGCAUCAGCCACUUCCAGCGGAGACGCGUUGCUGUCCACCACGCUGCACCCGACACCGCCCGCUGCCUCGCCAAGUUCGAGUCGCACUUUGAAAACAAAGAACGCUGCGAAGUCGUCGGCGAACGCGCGUGCGGCGCGGACACACCGACACACCAAAACGGAGCGAAAGCCCCCCGAGAGCACGGACGAACCGCUGCAACGUGACCUGUACGAUAGCGCCGCCGAGGCGUAUCGACAGGAGCACUUCUUCAACGAGAGCAGGCGACUGGGCAAGCCGUUUGUUCCCUCCGGUGGCAGUGGAUUGGACAUGCCGACCCGUUUUAUGCUGGGUGACUGUGUUAAGGCCUUGUAUCGCUCCAUCGUCCCGGACUGGCGGGAGGCGUCGCCCAUGGUGGUGUCUACCGCAGAGGACCUGAUCGCCGUGUACUUCUCGCUGGAGAAAUUGGAGAAGGCGCAGGUGACGGCGCUGCUGCAGUACAUGAACGCGUGUCUGCUGCACAACGCCGCGAUCCGUGAGUUUCACCUCACCAAGGUCACGGAAGGGUGGGAUGUGCUGACGAACGAAGGCUACGUGUUGUACACCUUUCGGCCGCCGUGGGUCAAGAAGCGGGCCUUUUUGCCCGAUACAAUCAACCCGCUGUACGCGCAUCUCCGCGAAGGCGAGGACUAG